AUGCCAGAAUUGGUAGAACAUCCCUGUAGCUUCACUGGAUGUACCUCCACUGUUCUCGGGUGGGAAGCGAAAUGUCAAUUCUGCAACGUUGUUCUGUGUGAUGUACACGACAAUGAGAAUAAUCAUGAAUGUUGUCGAUUAGCAAGAUUAGAACAUGAUGAGAGAAACGAAGCAAUGUAUAAGGUCAAGCAGGCUACGAGAGAAAAGAAUCUCAACCAUAUCCUCGAACAGAUCAAAACCCAUCAGGCAGCUUUGGAGAAAGAAAUCAGCACCAUCCGACCAGGACAUACUUGCUCGCUCAUCAUACCUCAACUUGAAGACCUGAUAAAAUCCAAAUGGUAUGCUGGUUUCAACGUACAUUUCCUCAUCACCUUCGAAGAUGAUGUCGAUUGGCUUCUUCGAGUCAGACAACCCUAUGGCCCUUCACCCCCUCAAGAGAUCUCAGAUAUAGUCAUGACGAUUGAAGUCACCACCCUCAACUUUCUCAAAGCUAACGGUGUUUCGGUGCCCGGUGCUUGGCUGCCCAAGCAUCUUGAAGACGUGAAUUGUAACACUUCUGCACGACUACCGUUCGAUUACUUCAUUUACGAAUUCGUAGAGGGUAAACCUCUCAAGAUCAACAAAAAUCUUUACAAGCCUAUCGAAUUACCUCCCAACGAGUUACGAAAGUUUGUGGAGGAAUAUGCUAAGAUCCAAAUCCAACUUUUUCCAACAUACCUCUUGAACACACCGAAAUUGGAUCUUUAUCCACGGCUACCGGUCACACCAAAGACGUUCGAGUCGGUCCAAUAA